AUGUUAUCAAUUCUAAAUUCUCAAUCUUAUUUAUUAUUUAUUUUCAAUUUUGUAGCAUGUAACUAUUGUAAGAAAAGAGGGCACUUGGCCAAAACUUGUAAAAUAAAAAAAAAGCAGCAAAAUCUACAACAACACCAACAACAACAACAGCAGCAGCAGCAGCAGCAACAACAGCAGCAGCAACAACAACAGCAGCAGCAGCAGCAGCAGCAACAACAUCAACAACAACAGCUACAACAACAACCAACAGAAAACUGCUGCAUAUUAUAAAUUUAUAAUAUGCAGCAUUUUUCUGUAGUGUUUUUUUUUUUUAAUAAAAAUUUUAUAAAUAACUACUUAUUUGUUUUUUUAUUUUUAUCAUUUUAUUAUUUAUUCUAAGGUGUAUAUAAAGUAAUCAUAUUGGAUAAACAUAGGCUGCAUGAGUUUAGUACUUCAAAUAUACAUCAGUAAACACAUAUCAUUUGUGAUCAGCAAAUGAUAAAAAUUCGAAGUAGAGUUAAAUUUUACAUUUUUGUAUACAUUACGAUAAUUUAAGAAUCUAAAAAUAUUUUACUUUAAGCUUGGUCACUACAAACUCUGAAAUAAAUUUUAAUUCAAUGUAAGAAAAGAAAUUCUCUAUUUAGUGUUGUGUAAUGUACUACAAUUUAUCUCAAUAGUUGCUUUAAAUUAUGCAUUCAGGUUGAUCAAUUUAUUUAUUAUUAUUAACUUUAGGACUUGAUAUAUAAAAAUUAGUAUGGUCGUAAUUUCAAAUGUGAAAUACUAUAG